AUGGACAGCGAGGACACGGUCACAGCCGAGGUGUGUGACGAGGACGACGUCAGGGAUGGCGAGCUGCGGGAGGUCACGGUGGCCGGUUACCCGGUGCUGCUCGUGAGGAGCCGGACCCAGUUCAGCGCCCUGGGGAGCCGGUGUCCCCACUACGGCGCCCCGCUCAGCAGAGGGGUCUUGAGGGGCAACAGGCUGCGCUGCCCCUGGCACGGCUCCUGCUUCGACGUUCGGACGGGAGAUAUCGAGGAGUAUCCAGCCCUGGACUGUCUUCCCCGCUUCCAGGUAACCGUGAAGGACGGCAAGGUGUUUGUUACAGCAAGAAUAAAGGACCUCAAAAGCGGCGUGAGGGUGAAGGAGAGCAGCAGGCGCUGCCUUCUCAACCUGGAGACGGUGCUGCUGCUAGGGGGAGGUGUGGCCGCGCUGGUGUGCGCCGAAACGCUUCGCCAGGAGGGCUUCACGGGCAGGAUCAUCAUGGCCACGAGGGAGAAACACCUGCCCUACGACAAGUCCAAACUGAGCAAGGAAAUGAACUUGAAGCCUGAGGACAUGUACCUGAGGACAGCCGAGUUCCUUGACGCUCGCUGCAUAGAGCACUGGACACAGAGAGAGGCCAUGUCAGUGGACUUCCAGCGGCGGAGGGUCCGCUUCCAGAACGGCUCCUCGCAGCGCUACGACCACCUGCUCAUCGCCACGGGCAGCCAUCCCAUCCCUCUGGAGGUGCCAGGUGCAGAUCUGCAGAACAUAUGUCUUCUGCAAACGCCAGAAGACUCUCGGAAGAUCUUAGAGCUAUCAGCCGGCAGGAAUCUGGUGAUCAUAGGAGCCUCAUUCAUAGGGAUGGAGGUCGCUGCCUUCCUCUCAGACAAGGCUGCAGCCGUCUCCGUGGUGGAGAAGAAGGAGUUCCCUUUCCAGAACGUGCUGGGUCCCCAGGUUGGAGGCGUUGCCAUGAAGAUGCUGCAAGAAGCAGGGGUGACGUUUCACAUGAAGGCAGAAGUCUCCGAGCUGAAGGGAAAAGAUGGGAAGGUCACAGAGGCUGUUCUGGACAGCGGAACAAAAAUACCUGCAGAUGUGGUGGUGGUUGGAAUAGGGGUGUCCCCCAGCUCGGCCUUCCUGAAGGGCACCUCCAUCGCCAGGGACAGCAGCGGGGCCAUCCUGGUGGACCUGCGCAUGCGAACCAGCGUGCCCAACGUCUACGCCGCGGGCGACGUGGCUGCCUUCCCCGUCGCUCUGCUCCACGGGCAGCACUCCAACAUCCAGCACCAGCAAGUGGCCGAGGCGCACGGUCACGUUGCCGCCUUCAACAUGCUGAAGGAACCGAAGGAACUGCGCACGGUGCCCUUCUUCUGGACCACAAUGCUCGGGAAGAGCAUCCGCUACGCAGGCUGCGGGAAGGGCUACACGGAGACCGUGGUGAAGGGCAGCCUGGAGCACCGCAGGUUCCUGGUCUUCUACAUCAAAGACGGCUACGUGGUGGCGGCUGCCAGCCUCAACUGCGACCCCAUGGUGCCCCUCAUCGCUGAAGUUUUAUGCUCAGGGAAACAGAUCUCUAAAGAUGAAGCGGAGGCCUGUGAUAUCAACAGCAUUCCCUGGCUGGCACCUACCUGA